AUGUCUACUGGGAAAUAUCUUUUAGGUACAGCUGCUAUUGUUGGUGGUGUUUAUUAUUAUGAUCAAUUUGUACAACCAAUUUUACCAAGAAAACAACAUGAACAAUUAAAUAAAACUACAAAUCGUAUUGAUAAAGAUUCAAAUAGAAUUAAUGAUAAAUUAAGUGAUAAAAUCGAACAAGGUAAAAAUUUAUUGCAAGAAAAAAAAGAAGCAUUAAAAGAUACAAAAUUAUAUAAAAAUUUUACAAAUGAUGAUAAAAAAGUCGAUGAAUUAAAAUAUUUUGCAAGAGAAAAUACUACACCAGAUGAUGAUAAAUCAGUACUUAAAAAAUCUGUUCAAAAAUAUAUUGAUUUUAUUAAUUGUUUAGGUGAAGGAAAAUAUGAAACUGAAAGAACUCCAUAUUCAUCAAUGGGAGAACUCGAGGAAGUUAAAGAAAAACCUAUUUUUGGUGGUUUAUUUAAUAAAAAAGAUGAAGUUAAAGAUAAAGCAGAAGCUAAAAAAAAUGAAUGGUCAAAUUGGGGCUCUAAAGAAUUAGAUCAAGCUCAAUCUGAUGCAGAAGCUAAAAAAAAUGAAUGGUCAUCAUGGGCUAAUAAAAAAUUAGAUCAAGCUCAAUCUGAUGCAGAAGCCAAAAAAAAUGAAUGGUCAAAUUGGGGUUCUAAAAAAGCUGAUGAAUUAAAAGAUGACGCAGAAACUAAAAAGAAUCAAUUAUCUAACUGGACUUCAGAAAAAACUGAUCAAACAGAAGCUAAAAAGAACGAAUUAACUUCAUGGGGUUCAAAAAAACUUGAUGAAGCUUCAAAAGAUUUAGAUUCAAAAGAAAAAGAAUGGUCUAAUUGGGGUUCUGCAAAAGCUACAGAAGCCCAAAGAGAAGCUGAAAAACAAAAGAAAUCAUGGUUUAAUUGGGGUUCAAAAAAAGCCGAUGAAGCAGAACAACAAAAGAAUGAUAUUGUUGAUUGGUCACAAGCAAAAGUUGAUGAAGCUUCAAAUAAUUUAAAUAAACAAUUUAAUUCAACAAAAUCGGAUGUUGAAAAUCAAUGGAAUCAAGCAAAAGAUUCAAUUUCAGAUAGAUAUUUAAUAGAAAAAGAUAGAGCUAUUAAAUCUUAUGAAGAAGCAAAAUCAAAAUUUGAAGAAUUAAGUAAUUCAUUAAGAAAUGAUCCACAUAAAGAAGAAAAAUUACAAAGAGCAAAACGUGAUGCAAGUUCAUCUUUAGAAAAUUUGAGAUUAUAUGGUGAUGAUGUUUAUAAUGAAUUUAAAAGUAAAGUAAAUGAUUUGUUUAAAUAA